CAAUCCAUUUCUAAUAUGACCUUUUCAUUAAUUUGCAGGAGUCRUGCAGCUGAGCCCAGCUGUGUGUCAUGGAAGAGCAACAGAUCUAWGGASWUUAUUACUAAGUUUAAAUCAGACCAGCCUCCAGCAGCAAAGAGCCGGGUCCAAAGAGAGGAUCUGCAGAGCCCAGAGGUUCCCACUGAUCCGUCUGCCCAGCAGCACCAAACMCAGCUGGACUCCAUAUUUAUGCUGCUGGAGGAAAACAUUGUCACAUUCGUGAAGAACGAGCUGAAGAAGAUCCAAAAGSUUCUGAGUCCAGAUGAGCCAGAAUGCUCAGAGGGUCAGAGUGAGGAUGAGGAGGUGAUGAGGGGUGAGGAUGAAGAGCAGAGGAGCAGCAGAGAGGCRGUGAUGAAGAUCACCCUGAACUUCCUGAGGAAGAUGAAGCAGGAGGAGCUGGCUGACCGUCUGCAGGAUUUUGAUGUUUGGUGUCAAAAGGAGCUUAAAGACCAUCUGAAGAAGAAGUUCCAGAGUCUCUCUGAAGGCGUCGCUGAACCUGGAAAUCAAACGGUUCUGAACCAGAUCUACACAGAGCUCCACAUCACAGAGGGGUUAACUAGAGAGGUCAACCAGGAACAUGAGGUCAGACGGAUUGAAACAGCAUCCAGGAAACAAGAAACAAUCAGAAGAGAAGACAUCUUUAAAGCCCCACCUGGAAGUGAUGAACCAAUCAGAACAGUGAUGACCAUGGGAGUGGUUUGA